UGACGUCACGUUUGCGGAAGCGCAGUCAAAAUAGGCUGCGGCAGGCUGUGCAGCCCCCAUUAAUAGCCUGAAUAAAAGACGAAACUCCAAAGGACGACGCCGCUUUUCUCAGUUCGCCGGGCAAAAGUGUUAUAAACAUCUAGCGACUUCAGAUGCAGGGAGUAACGCUGCUGCUGAUGAUGCAGGUGGUGACUGACUUUCAGGGCAGAGCGGCUGAAGUCCAGCUCAAGUGUUGAGUCCAUCUAGUGAUUUCAUUAUAAACAAUUUAGUAACACCAGACGGAAGGGCGUAAACGGAGUAUAUUAUUACGUGUUCUUUGCUCUUGGAAGGCGCAGAGCUACUGCAGACGUUCCUGGUGGCAUUUAAGUUAUUUUUUAAACCAUGUUAACUGGCUUUAUAACGGACACGUGACGUUUUGAACGAGAAAAGUAGCGUUUGUGGAGUAAAGGUCGAGUCUGGUUCUCGUCUACGGGGCGAUUUAAGAGGACCUGACACACACCAGGCUGAAUUUUCCUGUGGAGAACAGUUAAGUAAAGCGCCCCCCGUUUCGUCAGUCUCCGACAUGUUUUAUAGAUUAGUGUUUUAUACCGCACCAGCGCGCGCCGCACGGAAACGAUAGCGAUAAAGUGGACGAAGUCGUGCCGUUUAAAGUACUGACGUGUCCUUUGGCGCGCGGACAGUGCCGAAGCUGGAGGGGCACGCCUGUCGCCUGUCCGCCGUGGCUCCCAGCAUCUUUAACCGGGAAUCAGCCGACGUCAGCGCCGCGACAAAAUGUCAAGAGCCAGCCGAAGAUCCAAAGCGUUUCACGUUAAUAACGGGAACGCGCUGGCAGGAUGCGACGCGCUGAGAGCGACGCGCGCGCGCGUGCUGCUGCUGUGUCUCUGCGGCGCGCUGUCGCUGGCCAUGAUCCUGGCGCUGUAUCUGUCUGCAGAGCCCAGUAGCACCGUGCAGCAUCAUGCUGCACAUCUCAUCAGGGACAGGAAUGCCCAUAAGCCAAAUAAGUACUCUGUAGCACAAAUAAAGAAGUUUGCAGCACAGGUGGACGGGCAUCGGCUCUGGGAGUCUCACCUACGGCCCCUGCUCAUUGAACGAGUGCCUGGGACUGCGGGCAGCCAGACCAUACGGCAGCAUAUCUCGUCCCAGCUGGGUUCACUGUCGGCAGGAUGGACGCUGGAAGAGAAUUCUUUCGUUUCAUCAACCCCUAAUGGUAAAGUGACCUUCACCAAUGUGCUAGCAGUUCUGGACCCCUCGGCUCCUCGCAGGCUGCUCCUAGCAUGCCACCAUGACUCCAAGAUCUUACCGGCAGACCCUAAAAACCCCAAGCGGGUGUUCGUGGGCGCCAGCGAUUCAGCCAUACCCUGUGCUAUGAUCUUGGAGCUGGCCACGGCUCUGGACACACAGCUUAAAGCCCUAAAACUGCAGAGGUCUGCGGUGACGUUGCAGUUGGUGUUUUUUGAUGGAGAGGAGGCAUUUGAGGAAUGGACAGAAACAGACUCUCUCUACGGUUCUCGUCACCUGGCAGAACUAAUGGCCCGUACUCCCCACCUAUCUGGCUCCACCAAAACCACUCUUCUCCAGGCAGUGGAUCUGUUAGUCUUGCUGGACCUGCUUGGUGGCCCAGAACCUUUGAUUGUUAAUCACUUUGAUAAUACGGCCAGAUGGUUCGAUCGAUUGAUCGCUGCAGAGAAGAGACUCCACAAACAGGGUUUGCUGAUCUCUCACCCAUCAGAACAGAGUUACUUCAGGAAAGAUUUUUAUCUUGGUCCCGUGCAGGAUGAUCACAUUCCAUUUUUAAACAGAGGCGUACCUGUGCUUCACUUGAUCCCCACACCGUUUCCUGUGUUCUGGCACACACUGGAUGAUGCAGAGGAGAGGAUGCACAGGCCCACGGUGGAAAACCUAACUAGAAUCCUGGCCCUCUUCUUGGCUGAGUACCUGAGCCUCUAAACGCGCUAUAAGGAUGAUCAUCCUACAGCAGAUGUUUACAGCAUGUGUUCAGUGCAGUUACAUGCGACUUAGGAGCUGCUACAAAUAAUAGUAAUAACAAUAACAGAGCCAUAGAAUGACCAAAGAGACACACGGCAUUAUGUGUUUAUUUGGAGUUUGAAUGGUACAUGCUGAAUAUAUCCAUAUAUUUUUCUGCUGAAAAGAGCCAUGUGUCAUGAUAGGACAGACACUCAUGUUACGGCAGCUGUACGAAGCCUAAUUUCAUCCUUUAAGAGACUGUUACAAUGAGUUUGCGAUUUCGUAUCAUUCAUUUGAUAUGACUUUAAAGUGGAACUCGGAGUGAAGUUCAUUUAAUAGUUGUUUUCAUUAAUCAUCAUUUGCACGGUAUUUGCUGAUGAACCGCAUUUUAAAUGUUCAUUCAAGCUGUGUUGGGGAUAAACAGCGGAGGUGCACUUUUCAAGUAGGUCUGUAUGCAAGACGGCGAGAGACACUUGUUUUAAGAAUCUGUGAGAAGCAUUUAAUUUGACCUGAGAGAGAUGGAUCUUAUUUUUUACAUUCCUUAGUCAUUCUGAGCCUAAAGAUCAUGUCAGGGGUUUAAUCGAUAUUCAUAAUAAACCUAAGGAAACACUGGA